AUGGCGGAGACGUCCAACCACACCCGAGUGACCUGGUUCAUCCUCAGGGGCUUUGUGGAUGGCCCGGAGCUGAGGGUGGCGGCUGUCCUGUUCUUCUCCUUCGUCUACCUGUUCGGCCUCCUGGGGAACGUCUCCAUCAUGGUGGCAGUGACCAGGGACAGCCGCCUGCACACGCCCAUGUAUUUCUUCCUCAAGAACCUGUCCUUCCUGGACGCCUGCUGCACCUCGGUCACCGUGCCCAGGGCCGUGGUCAGCGGCAUGGCCGGCUCUGAGGAGAUCUCCUUCCCGGAGUGUGUGGCCCAGCUCUGCCUGUUCUUGGUGCUGGUGUCCACUGAGUGCUUCCUGCUCACGGCCAUGGCCUAUGACCGCUGCCUGGCCAUCCAGAGGCCCCUGCUCUACGGGGCCACCAUGAGCCAGAGGCUUUGCUCCAAGCUGGUCGUCACAGCCUGGGCGAGCGGGGCCGUGUACUCAGCCUUCCACACGGCCAACACCUUCUCCCUGCCCUUCUGCGGCCCCAACGUGGUGGAGCACUUCUUCUGCGACAUCCCCGCGGUCAUGAGGCUCGCCUGCGCCGACUUCCGCCUCCACGAGCUGGUGCACUUCACGGUCAGCAGCUGCGUCAUGAUGAGUGCCUUUGCGCUCACGGUCCUCUCCUACGUGGGCAUCGUCUCCACCGUCGCCCGCAUGACCUCGGUGGCUGGCCGGUGGAAGGCUUUCUCCACCUGCUCCUCCCACCUGACCACAGUCGUCCUGUUCUACGGGACGGGCAGCUCCGUGUACCUGCGGCCUGCCUCCCAGUACCGCCCGGCCCAGGCCCGCUUGGCGUCCGUCUUCUACUCCAUCUGCACGCCCACGCUGAACCCCCUGAUCUACUGUCUGAGGAACCGGGACAUGAAGGUGGCCCUGCAGAGGCUGUACCGGCCCGGGCAGCGCUGA